GCAUGAGCAGCGGAGGCAGGAAGUAGUGGCUUCCCGUGUAGAAAUAGGGGCGUAGCCACAGCUGAGCCGAGCGACAGUCCAGGCGCAAGGAGGAAGGAGAGAAGACAACAGCCAGAACUAAACAACUGGGGCAAAAGCAAGGGGAAAAGGAAGGAAGGAAGGAAAAUGGGGACGUGGAACUGUCAGCAACAGCGGGAAUAAAUCUGAGGGGGGGACCACACCGACACCCCCCCAAAAAAAGGACAAGGGGGAAAGCGAUUUCUCUGCGUAUUCGGCCACAAGAGUCUUCAGCCAGCAGGCAGAGAGUAAACCAAAAGAAGGAUGGAGGAAAUGGAUGUGAUAGUGGAAGAAGAGAUGCGACUGGAUGUCAGCGCAACAGCCGCAGAAGAACAGCAGAUCCAGGCCUCCUCUCAAGACGACCUCAGUCUCCUGCCAAACCCGGGUCCUCUUUUGCGUCCAAAGCAGAGAACACGGCAGACAGAUCCCACGCGGCCCUGGAGGUCUCUGCCAGCCACCCCUACGGGGGAGAUGGAGAAAGACCAGGCGGUCUUCUUCUCUUCGCUGACCUCUCUCCAAGCGGAGGAGUUUUUUGACAUGGUGGCCAAAUUCCAGGCCCGGAGGCUUGAUGACCAGCGGGCUGAUUUUGAGGAGGCUGCAGAAAUGUGUGCGGGCAACUCAAGGGUCUCUGAAGAGAAGCUCUACGACACUAUCUUGGCUCAUCAGAGCCAGCGUCUUGAAGACCAGCGCACCGAGCCCCCCAUCCCAGUAGGAAUUCAGGGCCUACUGGAUCUGCUGCUCAAAGCCCAAGGCACCCGGAUGGAAGACCAGCGCUCGGCUCUCCCUCCUGCUCUCGGUGGGCCGUCCUUGCUGGGGGCGCACACUUCCUUCCCCAUGCAGUGCCUGAGUCCCCAGGCUGACUCCUCCCUCCAACAGAUGUGGUUCUAGUGACUCGAGACACAUUGCGCCGAAAGACGGAACCCUUGCCAGGCCUAAACUGAGCAAGGCAGCAUGGACUGAGAAACUGAGAUGGGCCGCUUUGAAAAAGUUUCAUACUGUGAAGGUAUCCUGUGUUGUAGAAAGAAAAAGAGGGUGGGUGCAAAACUGAGCAGCCUCUCUUCAAAUGCAGCACCGUAUUUGAUUCCCGGCUAAGCUUUCUGUCCUCAGCAAUCUAUGGCGUUUCCUUCUAACCCGUCUGCAAGCAAAAUGGCCUGAACUGGUGGCAGAAGCAGUAGUGUUGAUAUGUUUAUUGUGAGCCAUGGAAAGUCAGUACGUUUCUGAGUCUGCUGGGAUACAGCUUGAGGCUCUUAAUCUCAGGGUUGGGGGUUCAAGCCCCACAUUGGGCAAAAGGUUCCUGCAUUGCAGGGGGUUGGACUAGAUGAUCCUCGGGGUCCCUUCUAAAACUCUAUGAUUCUAUGGUUCUACCUCUUCCUCAGGUGGGCAGAGAAAAGG